AGUGUUAUAUAUGGGAAUUAUUACUUGGCAGCGGCUUGUUUCUUAAACACUUUCCAGACGUUUCUUAACAUCGCGAGAAGUAACUUUACACCUACGAAGUCGUAAGCACGCUUAAGGGUCAGACGUACCCAUGUCCACCGACACACGAGGUCGUUACCAUGGUUCCGGGUCACGCACGUGUCACGCAGCGAGAGCGUGACAACUCUUGCAUCAUCAAUGACCGCCAUGUUUGUUCCGAAAUGUUACGCCGUCAGGUCGGACGUUAAACAAUAGACGAGAACACCUGACACGCCUCUUACCUGGCGAACGUGCGUAGGUAGAAAGCGCAGGACACAAAGAAACUUGUUCGAGUUACGGCGCAGCUUUCUUGACUUUUCAAGACGUUAUUGUGAAAGGAAAAGUAUCUCGCUCUUGUAUGACGUCGCCGAAAGCCCCUUUUCGACCGGUUAAAACUAGCAGCAGGGCUGACGCUAUGCGCUAUAUAUACAUGUUCUCCGUAACGGGCUUUUUUGUGAAGUAUGAACAUUAAAUCACCGCGGCUUGAAGUCCCGUUUCGGGAACUGCAACCCUUUCCAGUAGCGCAAGUCGGAUCGCCGGUAGCAAUACUGGAUCUGAACUCUGGAGGUUUGGACCAAGGGGAAGCGAGUCCUCGUUCCUUUGCAUUUACAGGUAUUAUCCACGAAUCACCGAGAAUCCUCAUCUCACCAAUGAAGGACCUCCGACUGACAGUGCUUCCAGCGACUUGGUUGUCAUGACCUUGACCUUAUAGUCUUCGAACAACAUGGCGGACACACAUGCGCACUGGGAGGGCAAGGGCUGCUCCGGGGCAUGCUGGGAUUGGACCCUGGUUGGUUGGCAGAAGAUUUGGCACCAAAAGACGAUUCAGAUGUGCGUGUUAGUGGUGUUCCCUCUGUGCCUGUCCGCUUGUAACCUAGCAACAGACGUCGCCCUGGCGGCGGAGUACUACACCAGUGGAGACAUUGAGUGGUUCGCCUGGACCGUGUGCCUCGUCAUCGGGUCGCUGCUCAUCGUCCAUAUUUGGUCAUGCGGGUUUAUUUGUCUCGCCGCAAGGUCACAUGGCGAUGACGUCAGCAAGUUUGCGAGAGUCGUCCAAGAAUCACCCAGCAAGUUACGUUGUUUGUCGUCGAUUCCAGUCGUGGGUAUAUCCGCGCAUUACGUCGUGUACUCGCGCCUUAUUUGGAGCGGGGGUGACGUCAGCGGGCCAGAGCUGGAGCGGUACCUUCCCAUCAUCCACCUGUUGGAAGCCGUGACGGCGGCCAUUUCUCAGCUGUGUCUGCAGACCAAGAUCUGGGUCUACACGGACGAGAGGGUCAGCGUCAUCAAGGUCGUCUCCAUGGUGAUGUCGCUCAUGGUGACGGUCAAGGCCGUGGUGACGUACCUGUACUACAAGUCCUACCUGCACAGGAGACCGCUGACGCCGGGACUUGUGGGAAGGCUGGUGUUCAUGACCUUCUGGAAGGUUCUGGAGGUCAGCGUGCGCGUCCUGACCAUGGGUCUGUUCGCGUCAGCCUUCACGCCUUGGAUCGCGCUGCGACUCGGGUUACACUGGCUCGUCAUGACCGCAGCCUUCUUCGGCAUAGACCGGAAGCUGAAGGGCAUUGUGGGUCUGUGCGCCUGGGGCCUGGCCAUGGUGGUGGACACCUUCAGCAUGACCUUCUCACCCGACCACAAGCGGACCUUCUGGCUCAACUCCGCGCUCACGUUGCUAGGUAACAUCACCAUGGUGACGGUGUGGUACACGCAGAAGACUGGACAUGACUGGUACGACGUCCCUGCGCUGGUGGGGAUAGUGGUGGGGUCUGUGGUGUCGGCUGCGUUCGGGUUGGUCGGGAUGGUGCUGAACGGAAGGAUAGAGGCUCCCGCCGCGUUCUGUCGUCAUAGAGACGCGUCAGGAACCGAGACAGAACAGCAGAACGCACCUGGCAACUCUGUGGCGUUAAACACUGUGUAGAAUGAGGUUUCCAUGGCAAUAUGUGUUCUGUCGUCACCAGUCAGGAACCGAGACAGAACAGCAGAACUCUCCUGGCAACUCUGUAGCAUUAAACGCUGUGUAGAACAAGGUUUCCAUGGCAAAACGUGUUCGAUAUUCUUCCUGUUGUUCUGUCGCCACAGAGACCAGUCAGGAACCGGGACAGAACAGCAGAACGCACCUGGCAACUCUGUAGCGUUAAACGCUGUGUAGAACAAGGUUUCCAUGGCAAAACGUGUUCGAUAUUCUUCCUGUUGUUCUGUCGUCACAGAGACCAGCCAGUAACCGGGACAGAACAGCGGAACUCAUCUGGCAACUCUGUAGCGUUAAACACUGUUUAGAACCUGGUUUCCAUGGCAAAACGUGUUCCGUCGUCACGGAAGUUCGUCAGGAACUGAAACAGGACAGCAGAACUCGCCUGGCAACUCUGUAGCGUUAAACGCUGUAAGGACAGGGUUUCCAUGGCGCAAUGUGUCGGAUAUUGCUCUUACAUUCUUACUGUACACACCUUCAUCAUAAGUUUGGUUGUAGUUAAAAGACCCCUUUGUGUAAAAUAUAACACUUACAUAUACGUUUGUGCGGUGAUAUUCCUACUACUCAAGUUCGGUUGCGGGUAAAAGACCCUAUUGUGUAAAAUGCAACACUUGAUUGUGAAACAUAUGCAUUCCAAUGGUGCGUAAUCUGCCAUAAUCCACAAAAGGGCCAUGAACUUGAAGCGUUAAACGCUGUAUAGGACCCGAUCUGCAUGUCGUAAUGUGUUUGGUACCUUUUCUUGUGUACAAACUUUCUACUUGGAUUGCUGAGUAACUUGACUGUAUGGACGAUAAUUGUGACGGAGUCUGGCACAUCUGUUGAACUCCAUCUCACAAAUGUAUUUGGUACAAAUGUAUAAGCUCUAGAGAUUGUUUAAACUUGCAAUGUGAAUUCCUUGCUUAAUAUAAAGGUUUUCAGACAUUUGUUUGUUAUACAAAUGAUAACGAUUGGCCA